AUGGCAAUAUGGCAUGCGUUAAUCAUGGAUGCGCGAUACGUCGCUCUAUGCUCUUUGCUAGUACUGGUCCUAAAUGGAGAUCCAACAUUUGCACAGGACUGCAGGCCAUAUGCUAUCGCGAGUCCAUUUUGUUUUUCCUCUAUGUGCCAUGGGCAGUGUUGGGUAGAAGCGAAAUUCUCAAAUUCCUAUGUCCAGGCAUACAAAUGUGACGGAAGUGGGUUCACGAUUGCCUGUACCUGCGUUCUGUGCAGAAACUAGUGGACCUCUAGCAGGGAUUGAAGAUAGUGAAGUCAUCAAGGAGCAUUCCAUAGUUUGUGUAACCUUUUUUUCUUGUCACAAUAAGUUCAGAAGGUGUUAGUUAGCUCUUAUCUAGAGUAACAAUUGCUAGUACUUAGUUUGUUCGAAGAUUUAGUUGCAAGCUAUAUAUAGCUUGAUGCUCCUUUUAUUAUUUUUAUGGAUUCAUUGCUUGUAACUAGUUGUCGGUUGCCUGAAAUUUAUAACAAGCAUGGCUUGUGCUUGACCUUCGUA